AUGUCUGACUCGGACACUAACUCACAAGGACGUAUGCUUGAGUAUGUGCGAAGUUCACCUCUGGGUGAGGACGGUAAGUUUCUGCUGACGGCGAACCCUGAGGUUCGUACCUGCCUAGACUGCAUCUAUCAUGGAUUCGAAUUGGCAAAGGAACAGGAUUGCAUCGGUCGCAAGAGUGGAUACUCCAAUGAUUACGAGUGGUUCAGCUAUAAUCAAUCCUUGAUUGCUGAGUUUGGUUGCUAUCAUUACUCGAUUGUGGUGGUUCCCGUUUAUGACACCUUCAAGGCCAGUUUGGUUCUUGAGAUUUUGCAAGAAAUUGAUCCUGGGGUCAUUGUCACCGAUUCGAAUGAGCGAGCCAAGCAGCUAAUGAGUAUUGGACGAACACAGUCUCUGCAUUCCAUCAUUAUCACUUCGGAAAACAUUCACCAAGAAACGCUAUCAUACGCAAGUAGCAAAGGUUUGCAGCUGUAUCCAUUCACUGAAGUUGAGCGACUUGGUUCGAUGAAUCCAUCUCCAGUUAAACUUCCAAAACCGACUGAUUUAGCAGUAAUCAAUUUUACCAGCGGGACCACAGGCUUACCAAAAGGAGUUCUUUUGACUCAUGCAAAUCUGGUAGCUAGCAUGUCUGCCCUUUUGCUGCAAAUUCUGUGCAUGUUUUACUCUGGUGGUCGUGUUGGCAUUUACUUUGGCGACUUUAAAGAUCUUUCUCGAGAUUUGCCAGUUUUACAACCAACCAUUAUGGUUUGUGUACCACGGAUCUUAAAUCGAAUAUAUCAUCGUGUGAUCACAAAAGUUAAAGGUAACUGGGUCAAGUCACGUGUUCUCGAUGUGGCUCUUAAAUCAAAGCAUCCUGAGACUGUUUUCAACGAAAAUGUCAAAAACUCGAUUUGGGACAAGUUGGUUUUCAAAACCGUAAAGCAGUCAUUAGGAGGCAAUUUGAAGCUUUUAAUCAGUGGUUCCAAUCAAAUUUCUAACAUUGUACUCAAUUUUAUGCGAAAUUCACUUGGCUGUACUGUACUGCAGUCGUAUGACAUUACUGAAUGCGCAUCCUUUGUCACUCUUACCAUGUUUGAUGAUCAAAGUCCAAAACACUUGGGCCAGCCAAUAGCUUGUAAUGUCGUCAAGCUAGUGGACGUGCCUGAAUUCAACAUUUGCACUAAAGAAAGUGGAAUUGGAGAGAUUUGCGUAAAGGGAACCAAUGUUUUCUCAGGCUACUACAAAGACCAUGACACAUAUCAAGGACAGAUGGAUGAUGAGGGCUGGUUUCACACAAACGAUAUCGGAAUGUGGCUUUCGAAUGGCUGCCUUAAGUUUAUUGAUCGAAAGGAAGAUUUGUCCUUUAUCAGCAACCCUUACGGAAAGUUGAUCGCUCCAAACAAAAUUGAAAACAUAUACAUUCAAAGCAUUUACGUUGGUCAGUGCUACGUUGAUGUCGACUAUGAUCGAGGUUACUUAAUUGGCAUCAUUGUUCCUGAUAUCGGUAUGAUUUUCGGUUAUGGUUUUGAGUUAUUUUCAGUUGGAUGA